CUCACUUCCACGUUCCCCUUCGGGAAUCUCAAUACCGGAAUCUUUGAUUCGCCGUUUUUUUUUCUUUUCAAUAAGGGUUUUAAUCCCAGGCACUUGACUUUUCCCCUUCCCCCCGAAAGAUGACGGACGUCGAUAUUCAAUCUCAAUCAACUGUAGGCAGUAGGAUCCUCCAUGAAAUGCGGGCGUCGUUGCCUAAACCUCCGACGUUCGAUGACAAGAUGGAGGAAAGGGCGUAUCUCAAGUUUAGACUCGCACAGGCGUUGAGGAUAUUUGGGAAACGAGGGUUUGAUGAAGGACUCGCUGGGCAUAUCACUGUUCGUGAUCCUAUAUCCCCCAACUGUUUCUGGGUAAACCCCCUCGGCCUCCACUUCAAACUAAUCCAACCGUCGGACCUUCUCCUCGUCGACUCCACCGGAACCAUUCUCCCCGAAUCUGGUCCUUACAAGGUCCUGAACGUCGCUGCGUUCAUGAUCCAUUCUAGAAUCCAUGAAGCAAGACCAGAUGUGAUGUGUGCAGCGCAUUCGCAUUCGUUUUAUGGGAAGGUGUUUGCGGCGUUGGGGGUUGGACUGGAUAUGGUUUCUCUGGAUGCUUGUGCGUUUUAUGAUGACUACGCGCUUUAUACGCAAUUCGGAGGAGUUGUACAAGAUGAAGAAGAGGGGAAGGCUAUUGCUAAAGCGUUAGGAUCGAAUAAGGCUGCUAUUCUACAGAACCACGGCCUUUUAGUAGCCACAAACACCAUCGAAGCUUCGGUUCACUUCUAUAUUGCAUUGGAAAAAGCCUGUCAAGUCCAACUCAUGGCUGACGCAGCAGCAGCAGCACGGAAGGUGCCGACGGUGAAGAUACCUGAUGCUCAAGCUGCAUCGACUGGGAAGAUCGUGGGUAGCCUUUCGAUUGGGUGGCUUGCGGGGGGGAUGGAGUUUGGUGCGUUGGAAGGGGAGGAAGGGGUUAGGUUUGAAUUUGAGUGUCGACCUGGUCAGUGAUGGAGGGUGUAUACGUAUGUACUUAUGGGAUUGGAAAUACAUUAUCGUGUCCG